CGAUGGGGGGGGGGGCUGCUGAAGUCCACGAGCUAACAUUUGAUGCAUGUGAGUCGAGGUUGUGACUGAACUUGAGGAAGAGUGCCACAGACGUGUGGGCGGAGCAGCUCGCUUCACAGCAGCAGUACAGUGAGCGGGGGUUUGUGCAGGAGGCAGCAGAUGCACCGUCCGGUCUAAGUCUGCUAAGAAGCCACUAGUCCAAUUAACCAGGAGCAGCAGGAGGAGGAGGAGGUGGGGGAGGAGGAGGAAAUCCAUGAAGCCUGGUACAGCAACUCGACGAUGGACAUGACUCCGGUGUGUGAUGAAGAGCAGCAGCCAUCAGGAAACAUCAGGAAGCAGCAGGAGGGUGAGCAGUGAGAUGCCGGUGCGCGCUUGAACCGUCCACACCGGAUUCCUCCCGCCUCUCCCCCUCUCUCUCUCUCGGGUCAAGCCUCGGUAAGCUCCCGGGGCAGGAGCCGCUGCUGCUUCGGGCCUGGACGCGCUCCUCUCCCCGCCGACUGCUGCGGAGUCCCCCCCCUCCCUCCACCCCCUCCCCGGACUCGCGGAGGUGGAUCUUCUCCUCCGACAUGGACUCGUUCACCGAUGUGCUGCUCGUCACCGCGAACGUGGGCUCGCUCUUCGACAAUUUGGGUGAAAUCCAAAGUGAAUGGUUACUAGAGCUGUAUAAGACCGUCCACAGCUACAAGCCUCAGUUCAUCGCCCUGCACUUCCAGGAGGUGGGAGGGAAGGACUACAUGGUGAACAUGGGCCAUGCAGAAAACUUCUUCAGGAGCAUUGAGUCCAACCAGGAAAUGAAAGACUACAACAGGGUGUGCAUCUAUGUGGACAACCGGUUCCAAGCAGAGGACAGCUUUACAGCUCUGGGCAGCAUGUACUUCAUCCACAAGACACUGAAAGACAUCUAUCAAUAUGACUUCAAUGUUAAGGAUUUUAAAGCGGUGUCAGGGCAGAGCAAGUACGUGGGCUCUCUGGACGGGGUCACCACAGUGGAGAAAGAAAAAUUCCCAAAGAAUUUCUGGCCUGAUUUCAAGUGGUCCAGAAAGGGCUUCAUGAGGACCCGCUGGAUCAUCCACAAUCAGUAUCAUCUGUCCACUGAGGCAGAGGCUCAGACAGUGAAGAAGGACAGCAGCAACGAAGUGGAGAAGAUCAUCUGGGAGGAAAAAGACAAUGACCACCAGGUGUUGCUCCAAAUUGAGGAGAAGCAGUUUGCCUACCUGCACCAGGCCUAUUUCAGGGAGGACAACGUCCCGUCGCUUCUGAAAUAUGACAAAGAAGUCGCGGCCUUUCAUGAUGUUAUUAGAGAAGAGGACAUCAAGUUUCCACCGAGCUACCCCUACAGUGAAGAGUACACUAAACCCACCCAGUACAUGAACACUCGCUGUCCUGCCUGGUGCGACCGUAUCCUCAUGUCACACACUGCCCAGGAAUUCAUCCACAGGAGGGAUGAUGGGGAGAAGGGCAUAGUUUACAACACACUGGGUCCUAAUGUCUGCAUGGGAGACCAUAAGCCCGUUUUCCUCUUCUUUUCAUUGAAGACAAAUGACCAUUGACUUGGAUCCUUCUCAAGGGUCCCAUUCUCUCAGCUACUCCACAGUAUCAGUACCCGAGGAGUAAUCAGCAUGAUGGUUACCCACUAAAACCGACCCGUCAGCUGGCCAGGGCUUGAUUCAGUCACUCCUGCGCCAUUGAACACACCACCCUCACACUGCCGGUGUCUCCGAGCUGCUCUCACUGUCACAUCCUGUCAACCAGAGCUUUAGCGACUCGGAGCACUGAUCUAUCUACAGCUGCUGUGAAUUUCUGAGGCAGUUUUUCAGAUUCUUCUCUUUCUCAGAAAUCCACCAACAUCAAAACCAAGUGACACUAAGGAUGAAGGAUUCCUACAGGUUUUCUUUUUUUAAUGGCACAAAACAUUGAUGUAAAGACUCAAGUGUGUGAGUCUGGACCAGGCCCUUUACAUGGAUGUGUACAUGUAAUAUAUUUAAAUAUUCCUAAAGGUGUGAUUAGGGUGAUUUUAGUUGUAUUUUUUUUAAAUGCCUUUUUUAACAGGCAGUGUCAGACAAACCACAGCCAAUACCACAAAUGUAGUCAUGUUAAUUGGCCCUAAAUAUUGUAAUAAGUUAUUAGUAAUUGAGUAAAUCAUCUCUGGCUGGUCAGUUUGAAAUUAGAGGUCAAAUUCAGCCAAUAAUAAUCCAGUAUUAUGAACUGCAGUGUCAGGAAUAAUAUGAAUAUCCUCAUGAACCGUAAAAAUUCAGUCACGAAAACUAAAAAUCAUGGGACCAACAAUUGGAAAUAAUAAGCACAACUGAGCACAUGAUGGAUGCUUUUAUUUUGUAUUUGUCACCAUUGUCAGUUCAGGUAUUUAUUGUGAUGUUGUUGUGAAUGUUAUUUACUGCAGCACCACUGGGAAAAACAGCAGAGGAAUGCUACUAGCUCCGUGUCCUGAUGAUGUCUUGACUCAGAUGUCCAAGAAAGAUAUAACCCAGAGAGGACAUGUUUUUCUUACACGGUGGAUUUAACUCCUGAUAACAUUCCUGAUCACACGAUAAAACUCAUUUUAGAAAAGUUCCUCAUAAAUGUUUCAGAGGUCAUUAAUGAUGACAUUAUUCAGUCAAAGCAACAAUGACCCAACUAAAGCAGUUUAGUUCAUUUUAACCCAGAACCAGAAUCUUUUUACCCUCUUGAUUUUACAAUGACGUCCCUUAUGUGCACCAACUGUACUUUCAUACUAAGUGCUUUAUUCCACAGCUACAAACUCCGCAGUCCUCACAUUGUGUGGUUUUACUGUUCUCACUGAGAGUUGGUUAAUGUUUCAGUUUGUCACAGAAAACUGCUUCACUCUGUUCUGGUUGGCAUCGACCGUAUUUCAUUGCCAAAAGAAUUAAACUGUACAGGCCUCAUGUGUGAAGAUUAGGUGAGGAUGUGCGAGUCACAAAUCCUCUUUAUAUACAGUUUAUAUAUAUAUAUAUAUAUAUUUAUAUAUAUAUACACACACACAACACAAAGGUUCGUAUUUCUUGGAUUUUUUGUCUUUUUUUGAUUCUUUCUUUCAUAGUAUCUUCAUACUUUAGCACCAGAGCUGUAGUAUAAUGUAUUUGUGAUGUGUGGAUUAUUGUUUUUUUUGUCUGGCCCUAAAACAGGUUAAAACAUGUUUGUGGUCAUUUGGUUUUUGUGUUUCGUGAAAGUUAUUUUGUCAUAAACAUCUUAGCAGUAAACCAGUACUCAGUGUAGAUUCUGAGAAAUCAGCUUUUUAAUGCAUAAAUUCAUAGAUAUUCACAUCAGGUUUGUUCCGUCAGUCACGAUUGAAAUGUCGCCAUAACAACAUCAAGGUCAGACUCGGUGAAUCAAGUCAGUUUGUGUAGAUUGAAUUUCAGUAAUAAAUGUAGCAGUUCAUUUAUGGUCCAGUAAUGGGAGUGGAGUUGGUUUUAAGGCCAGUAUUACCUUUAAAUGAACCCUGGUCCAACACUACAUCAUUACUUUUGUAAAUAAAAUAUUACCCUCAUA